UGUCGUCGUUCUUUGCCGUCGCUUUUGCUUCAGCCACAGCAGCAUAUCUACCACAGCCAACCGACUCGAAAGCAAAUCGAAUUGCUAAUACGCCAGCGACCAAGCACUAGUUGUACGACGAGUAAAAAUGUUGAGCUCGCUGUCAGUUUGCAAUCAGUUCGAGUUCGAGCGUCGCGAUAAACGGACGUAUAAUAGGCUGUGUGUGAAUUUACGUGAAAAACGGGUUUUUCAAUUUUUCUUUUUUCCAUAUACACAAACAGCAAACAAGCAAACGCUUCAGCUUGUGAAGCGCAGAAGAAAAACGAAGCAGCAGCCUAGUCGAAGUAGUUGAGUACAUGAAAAAGUCAAUAAUAAUGACUGAAAACAAAAGUCGUGCAAAGCGCUUUACUCUACGCCGCCCAACAAAUAAAAGGCGUAUAGGCCAAUAAAAAAGUUUUUUUUUUUUUGUGUGUAAUUUACGAAGGAAGCUAGUAGCACGAAAAGUAGCAAAAAAUAAAAUAAACUGGUGUAGUGAAAAAGUUCAACGACGACGACGACGACGACGACUGCGUUGACAAGUGAUAUGCUUUGCGUGCUUUGCAUGAAAAUUGUUGGGUGAAAAUUUUCGUUAAUGAAAAAUUUAUGAAGAAAAAGAAUGCCUAUGGUGAACUGAGUAAAGUGUAAAGUGUUUUGGGUAAAGCUCAAGGAGAAUUGGAAAUUAAUUAAAAUCGACGUAAUUGCGGAGAGUGAUGAAAAUCGAUUUACAUUAAAAAUUUAAAUUUUCAAAAAAAAAAGUUUUUUUUCCAAAAAAAAAAAAAGAUUACAACACAAACAACAACAAUCUUAUGUGCAAAGCUAAUAUACUAAAAAAAAUGAAAAUAUCUAAAUGCAUUUAAAGAAAAGCGCUUACCACCUGACUGCAGCGCGUAGAAAACGCGUAUCCAUGCAAGCGCUCAAGUGUCUGAAACACUAACAAAUAGAGUAAAUAAUAAGAAAAUAAUAAACAACAAACAUGUGCAAAUUAAGCAGACUGCCAAUGCCUCAAACACAGCACCACAACUACAGCGCUUACACGCUGCUGCUCUUCACAAGCUAUCUGCUCAUUAACCAUUGCAUAUGUGGCGCCACAGCCAUGCACAUCAAGGGCGCCGACAGGCCAGAAACCUCCUAUGCGCUCUCCUCGGAGGGCGCCUCAGCGAGUGCAGCCAGCAUGAUGGCCACCUCAAUAGCGGGCGCUGCUGCAACAGCCGGUGCUGGCAUAUCAACAGCGUCUAAUAAGGAUGCCGUGUCUGCUGGUGCGAGCUCGUCAACCGCUUCUUCCUCCUCCACCACGGGUGACAGUGCAGCGGCGUCAUUGCCAGCGCCCACAAAUCAAUGUUCCUGGCAGUAUAAUGGCACAACAUCGGUACGCUGUAAUCUACGCACCAUUGAACGACACAUUGCGCUCGAUUUACAGGGCGCUGAUGGCACCAGUCAGUUGGAGAUCAAAUGCAGCGCACUCUACCUCUUCGAAUCACAAUUGCCACAGGCGGCUUUCGCACGUUUACAAACGCUCGAUGUGCUGCGCAUUGAUGGAUGUAAAUUGCUGCAAUUGCCGAAUAAUGCAUUCGAGGGUUUGAAUGUGUUACGCUCGUUGACGGUGAAUACGCGUAAUCCCGAUUGGGGACCCGGCAAAACGUUAGAACUCUAUCCGGACUCGUUGAAUAGCUUGAAGCAGUUGACCGAAUUGCAAUUGGGUGAUAAUAAUUUGCGCGCACUGCCAGCUGGCUUCCUCUGUCCGGUGGGGAAUCUGCAAGUGUUAAAUUUGACGCAUAAUCGUAUACGUUCAGCGGAGAAUCUCGGUUUUGCCGAUAUGAAUUGUAAUGGUGGCAGUGAGUUGCAAGUUUUGGACGCCAGCUUUAAUGAGCUGCGUUCGGUGACAGAAAGUUGGGGCAUAUCGCGCUUGAGGCGGCUGCAACAAUUGAAUUUGCAACACAAUAAUAUAUCGGAGUUGUCCGGUGAGGCGUUGGCCGGUUUGAGUUCACUGCGCAUUGUUAAUUUGAGCAAUAAUCAUUUGGAAACACUGCCCGAUGGUCUGUUUGCCGGUUCAAAGGAAUUGCGUGAGAUACACUUGCAGCACAAUGAACUUUAUGAACUGCCCAAAGGUCUUUUUCAUCGCUUGGAACAGUUGCUUGUGGUGGACUUGUCAGGCAAUCAGCUGACCUCGAAUCACAUAGACAAUACCACAUUUGCUGGUCUGAUACGUUUGAUUGUUUUGAAUUUGGCGCACAAUGCGUUGACACGCAUCGAUUAUCGUACCUUCAAGGAGCUGUAUUUCUUGCAGAUUUUGAAUUUGCGCAACAAUUCGAUUGGACACAUUGAAGAUAACGCCUUUCUGCCACUUUAUAAUCUACACACGCUCAACUUGGCCGAGAACCGUUUGCAUACUUUGGAUGAUAAACUUUUCAACGGCUUGUAUGUGCUCUCAAAGCUGACACUUAAUAACAACCUAAUCUCAGUGAUUGAGCCGAAUGUGUUUAAGAACUGCUCGGAUCUCAAGGAACUCGAUCUAAGCUCGAAUCAGUUGAACGAGGUGCCACGUGCUUUACAAGAUCUCGCCAUGCUACGCACACUCGACUUGGGCGAGAAUCAGAUGCGCACUUUUGAUAACCAGAGCUUCAAGAAUCUACACCAGCUAACAGGUCUGCGUUUAAUCGACAACCAAAUUGGCAACAUCAGUGUGGGCAUGUUCGCCGAUCUGCCACGUCUCAGCGUGCUCAAUCUCGCCAAGAAUCGCAUACAGUCCAUUGAGCGUGGCGCUUUCGACAAGAAUUUUGAAUUGGAGGCCAUACGCCUGGAUCGCAACUUCCUCUCCGACAUCAAUGGUGUCUUCGCCACACUGGUUUCAUUGCUGUGGCUGAAUCUCUCCGAGAAUCAUCUCGUUUGGUUUGACUAUGCCUUCAUCCCAAGUAACCUGAAAUGGCUGGACAUACACGGCAACUACAUUGAGGCGUUGGGCAAUUACUAUAAAUUGCAAGAGGAGAUACGUGUGAAGACUUUGGAUGCCAGCCACAAUCGCAUCACCGAAAUCGGCGCCAUGUCCAUACCGAAUACCAUCGAGUUGCUUUUUAUCAACAACAACCUAAUCAGCACUGUGCAUCCGAACGCGUUCGUUGAUAAGGUAAAUUUGGCGCGCGUCGAUCUUUACGCCAACGCCAUGUCCAAACUGCAAUUGCAGCAAUUACGUGUCGCACCCGUACAACCCGCCAAGCCGCUGCCAGAGUUCUAUCUUGGCGGCAACCCAUUCGAAUGUGACUGCACCAUGGACUGGCUGCAGCGCAUCAACAACCUAACCACACGUCAGCAUCCACGCGUAAUGGAUCUCACGAACAUAGAAUGCGUCAUGCCACAUGCACGUGGCGCGCCCGUACGUCCACUUACCACACUCAAGCCACAAGACUUCCUGUGCCGUUACGAGUCACAUUGUUUUGCGCUGUGCCACUGCUGUGAUUUUGAUGCGUGCGAUUGUGAAAUGACGUGCCCGAGCAAUUGCACCUGCUAUCACGAUCAGAUUUGGUCAACGAAUGUAGUGGACUGUGGUGGCCAACAGACAACCGAACUGCCGCGACGUGUGCCCAUGGACUCGAGUGUAGUUUAUCUGGAUGGCAAUAACUUCCCAGUGCUGAAAGACCACGCCUUCAUUGGACGCAAGAAUCUGCGUUCGCUCUACGUAAAUGGCAGUCAAGUGGCACGCAUACAAAACCGCACAUUCGCCGGUCUCAUCUCACUGCAGGUGCUGCACCUGGAAGACAAUCUCCUACGCACGCUGCACGGCAACGAAUUUGAGUUUCUCUUCGCCCUACGCGAGCUUUACCUGCAAAAUAAUCAACUGACUGCAUUGGACAACAUAACACUAGCACCGUUAGCCUCACUUGAGGUGCUGCGCAUCGAUGGUAAUCGCCUUGUGACGCUCGCCAUGUGGCAGCUACAACAACCGCAAUUCAAAAAUAUGCGUACACUGGGAUUGGGUCGCAAUCAAUGGAGCUGUCGCUGCAAAUUCCUACAAGAGCUCACGGCCUACGUAGCUGACAAUGCGCUGAUAGUUCAAGACCUGCAAGACAUCUAUUGCGUGGAUGCAGGCGUGAGCGGCACAAGUGUGGUGCAGAAACGAGAGCUGGAUUUCAAUACAACCGCUGCCUGCAGCGAUUACUAUGCUGGCGGCUCAAUGCUGCAGCAUGGCAUACCAACGCCUUACCUAUCGCUGUUGGCAAUAGCGCUGGGACUCGUCAUAAUGCUUGCGAUGGUCGUAACUGUAUUCAUAUUUCGCGAAUCAGUGCGUAUUUGGCUGUUUGCACACUACGGUGUGCGUGUAUUUGGACCACGCUGUGAGGAGUCCGAGAAGUUGUACGACGCCGUGCUGCUACACUCCGCCAAGGAUUCAGAGUUUGUAGCGCAGCAUCUGGUGGCAGAGCUGGAAACUGGUCGACGACCGUUACGUGUUUGCCUUCAACAUCGUGAUCUCGCGCAUGAUGCUACACACUAUCAGCUGUUGGAGGCCUCACGCGUCUCACGACGUGUUGUCAUACUGCUGUCACGCAAUUUUCUACAGACUGAAUGGUCGCGCUGCGAACUGCGGCGUGCCGUACACGAUGCGCUGCGUGGUCGUCCAGAAAAGCUGGUCAUUAUUGAGGAGCCCGAAGUGCUCUUCGAGGCGGAGAGCGAUAUCGAGCUGCUGCCCUACUUGAAAACAUCUGCAGUGCAUCGCAUACGUCGCAACGAUCGCCACUUUUGGGAGAAGCUACACUAUGCGUUGCCCGUGGACUACCCCACCUAUAGGGGUGGUGUUGCGGGCGUACCUGGCAAUAACUACACACUAGAUCACAAUCAUGAACGCAUCAAGCAGCCUGCUAGUCCCGGCAUACUCUACCGCCAAGCGCCACCACCUGCCUACUGCACUGAAGGUAUCGCCGGCGCUGCUGGCGAACUUAUCGGAGCCGAGCCCACAAACUACUCCUCCGCCACGACAGCUACACCCAGCCCGCGUCCACAGCGACGUGAACAUGGUGGCGCAGCGCAUGGCAAUACGCCCGCCACAAGCACACUACACCACCCCAUUGUUGGCACGCAUCUGCAUCCUAGCGCAGCGCAGGCAGCAUCACUUGCAGCGGCCGCAGCGCAACGUGGCGCUGAGCUGAGUGGCAGCACUGGUAGCGCGGCGGCUAACAAUAGUCAGUAUUAUCACCACGCCACAGCGCCCAGUCAAACGUACACAAUACGACCGCCCUCUGAGCACAUUUACUCUAGCAUCGAUUCCGACUAUUCGACGCUAGACAAUGAGAACAUGCUAAUGAUGCCGCCACCCUCGCCAACGCCCAACGGUGGCGCGGGAGUGCAGAGCUUGCAGCGUUGCCAUCAACAACAACAACAACAACACCAACAACAGCAGCAGCUGCAACAGCAUAUGUCACAAACAUGGCGACCGCAGCAGCAACAGCAGCUGCAGCAGCAACCAAAUCAAAAGCAACGUCGAGGGGAAGGUGAAAUGUCGGCGACGACGACGCAAACGACAACGUCCGUGUCAGCGGCGAAUGGCCAACAGCAGGGACCACAUGUGCAGGCGUAUUUAGUGUAGAUGUAGUAGUAAAGCCUAAAAACAUAAUACUAAACACAAAAACUAGGGAGAAAAUUUUGCGAGCGACGCACAGAUAAACAAAUGGAAAUUAAAAACAACAAAAAAUACUAAUUUAUUUAUUAAGUAGGAACGUAGUGGUGAAACUUUUAGGACUGGUUCCUGGCACUGAAACUAACACAACAAAAGUGUAAAUGAAUUUUAUAUUAAAUAAAUUUAAUGUUAAUAUAUUUAGAGGGAAACUAAAGAAUAUCU